UCGUCCUCGAAACCAUGUCCUAUCUGUCUCGGACCUCUUCUUCAAGAAUCCUAUUUGGUCAAUGUUUCUAUAAGUUUUGCUACAAUUGCAUUGUACAUUGGACCAAAGUGGUUGCUAACAAGCUCUCUUGCGCACCUUCCUCUGUUAAGUGUCCUCUAUGCAAGACAGAUUUUUCUAUCAUUCACGGAUAUGAUGGAACUUCUUUUGAACGACAUUACAUUAAUCAGGAUUUUGGAAAUAGUGCUUUCUUUUCAGAAGCUCACAAAUAUAGGUUACAGUGCUACUAUAUUGAACCAGGAGGAAGAUGUUGAAAUUAUCAUUCAACACAUACUUGGUGUAAUUGACUCAUUCAGAAGAAAUGACCAAAAGUCUCCAACCACGGCCGAAGCAAAACAAGAACAUUUCAAGGCCUUGGUUUCUCAAGCAGCAACACCUUUCUUAAUCAGAAGAACCGAUCGGUUUGUAAAUGAGGUGGAACUGUUUCUAGCUUCGGGUUUGAAUAUUGAAGCCUAUGACAAAGUUUAAAUGCAGCAUUUGGGUUGGAAAGUUUCUGGGAUUACCAUUGAGGAUGAGGAAGGAGAAGUUAGUGGAAAUGCACCUUCAGUUCCAUACCUGUUUUUAUUUGACGAGGACUCUGAUGGAAUUGAGUGAUCAUUUUGUCUUGCAAAUGUAGAUUAAUACUUGCUUUUGUUUCAUUUGUUUAGUAAUCUUCAUUUGGUACUCUUUGGGACGAACGUUGUAGUAAGUUCUGUUUUGUGUAAAAAGAUGAGGUGUAUCAAUGUAGAGAGAAAAAGAAGUCUUAAAUU